GAAUCAGAUUGGUGCAUUACUGAACCAAAUGGAGCAGCAGCCAUUUUUAGAUCGAAUGCUCGGUCAGCUACGAUGUACAAGUAUUACACUGGAUAUCCAAAAGAUCUUGGCCCCUCACGCAUCAUUCAUUUCACAUCAGAAUGUGAAUUCGUCAAGCUUCUCCAUGAAGGUAACCCAAUGGUAGUUGCUUUUAGUAUCAGGUGAGCCUUGGGGAGUAACGAGUUGAAACCUUCAUGUGUUUCAUUGUUUCAGCAAUCUUCAUAUGACAUUUAACUUCCCAUGUCGUAGAGGUAAUUACACAAGACAUCUUGACAAAGUACUUGAGGAAGCUGCUGCUGAGUUUUAUCCUGGUGUUAAAUUCAUGCGU